AGCCCUAAACUUGGUUUUCAUAUGAGCUGCUGCUGUGAGUUCAAAGCUUGCAAUGGUGAAGCCAAGGUUUUGGCUGUCAUUUUUGAUUUGGAUGGCACGCUUCUGGACACUGAAAACGCAUCGAGGGGUGUAUUGAAUGAGUUUUUGGCGAAGUAUGGGAAAGAAUUGGACAGGGAGAAGGAAAAGAAGAAGAGAUUUGGGAUGACACAGAAGGAGUCAGCAGCUAUAAUUGUUAAGGACUAUGAACUUCCAUUGACACCUGACCAAUUCAUCGAAGAAAUCACUCCUUUCUACAGGGAAAGGUGGGCAGAGGCCAAAGCAUUGCCUGGUGCUAACCGUCUUAUCAAACACCUCAAGAAAAAUGGAGUGCCAAUGGCUCUUGCCUCAAAUUCCUUGCGAGAAUACAUAGAUGCGAAAAUUUGUUAUCAUAAAGGCUGGAAAGAAAGCUUUCCUGUAAUUGUAGGAAGUGACCAGGUUAAAUCUGGGAAGCCUUCACCGUAUUUAUUUGAAGAAGCUGCCAAGAAAAUGGGUGUAGAUUCUGUUAACUGCCUGGUGAUUGAGGAUUCCUUAGUUGGUGUCAAGGCAGCCAAUGCUGCAAAAAUGAAGGUAGUGGCUGUUCCAUCUCGAAAGGAAGCUGAUUGCUAUGGGAUAGCAAAUGCUGUUCUUCAUUCACUUCUGGAGUUUCAACCUGAGCUAUGGGGUCUUCCACCUUUUGAUGACUGGGUAGAUAACACAUUGCCUAUUGAACCAAUUCAUCUAAGUGGUUUGUAUGUUACUGGAUCUCUACAGGAAACCACAGAGAAUACAAAAUUUGAUCUCCCUGAUCAAGUUUUUGGGCUUUUCUUCGGUUGGGCCAAGGUUGAUAUGGAUAGGAACUUCAAGAUAUUGGUUAGCAUUAGUUGGGACUUCUCGUGUGUUGCCUCCAGAAAAAUACAUGUUUGCCUUAUUGACGCAAACAGUGACCUUAAUUCUAAGCAGCACAUGCAAAUCUAUCUUGUUGGCUACAUAAGAGCGUGGGAUAACAAGAAACUCACGUCAACGGAAUUGGAAAAACUUGAAGAAUAUAAGUCCAUUGCCAGAGCUUCACUGGAUUUGCCAUCGUUCACUUGUUUCUAGAAAAGCUUUACGCGGAGGAGACAAUCAAGUGACCUUAUAGUUGGAGAAGAUGGGAGUAACCAUUAUGUAACUUGUU